CCGGACUGGCUCCCUCGGCACCCUCGCCGCUCCCGCGAGCCCCAGGCCCCGGGACGGGGUCGAGGCCCCUAGGCCCCAUCCGCGGGGCGGUGGGCCCGGUUCGGGGCUUUUGUGCCCGGGAGGUCCCCGGGCCGGUUCGGCCGGGGGCGGGGGCUGCCCGGAUCCGCUUGGGUGGCGCCAACAAUGUGUCUUCGCUCGGCCCAGAGGGAGGAACUUUCUCCCACCGAGGGCCACAGUCCCGUUCCUCGCUUCCGAGGUGGAGGCCAGGGAAAUAGGUUAGCUUUGUGACAACCGGGCGGUCUUUCCGGAGGUGUUUGGUGCGGGCUUUGAGUUUGGAUGUUUACGAGUAGGACUGAGAUCAACAUUUACGAAGACCGGGAGAUGAAAUAUUCUAAAAUACAUCGAUUCGUACCUAAGAAUAGCCGGGGAAAUCCAUUAUUGGGCUUACGGGCCGCUUGAAAAGAGUCACCUUCACCAGAGAGGCGAUGUUAGAGGAACGCAUUCUGGAUCGAUGGAACUUGUUUUAAUCAUGGACUAGGCUUACAUUUUAUUUAGUAAAUCUAGUAAAAUAUCAGGGCAGUCCAAUGGACCCAAUGGUGAUGAAGAGACCUCAGUUGUAUGGGAUGGGCAGUAACCCCCAUUCCCAGCCGCAGCAGAGCAGUCCCUACCCAGGAGGUUCCUAUGGCCCCCCAGGUGCACAGCGGUACCCGCUCGGCAUACAGGGCCGGGCCCCAGGGACCCUGGGAGGCAUGCAGUACCCGCAGCAGCAGAUGCCACCUCAGUAUGGACAACAAGGUGUGAGUGGUUACUGCCAACAAGGCCAACAGCCAUAUUACAACCAGCAGCCGCAGCCCCCGCAUCUACCACCCCAGGCACAGUAUCUGCCAUCCCAGUCCCAGCAGAGGUACCAGUCACAGCAGGACAUGUCUCAGGAAGGCUAUGGCACUAGAUCUCAACCUCCUCUGGCCCCCGGAAAAUCUAACCAUGAAGACUUGAAUUUAAUACAACAAGAAAGACCAUCAAGUUUACCAGACCUGUCUGGCUCCAUUGAUGACCUCCCCACAGGAACAGAAGCAACCCUGAGCUCAGCAGUUAGUGCAUCUGGGUCUACAAGCAGCCAAGGGGAUCAGAGCAACCCAGCCCAGUCACCUUUCUCUCCACAUGCAUCACCCCAUCUCUCCAGCAUCCCAGGAGGGCCCUCACCUUCUCCAGUUGGCUCCCCUGUAGGAAGCAAUCAGUCGCGAUCUGGCCCGAUUUCUCCCGCAAGUAUUCCAGGUAGUCAGAUGCCCCCUCAGCCACCUGGAAACCAGUCAGAAUCCAGUUCCCAUCCUGCCUUGAGCCAGUCGCCAAUGCCACAAGAAAGAGGUUUUAUGGCAGGCACACAAAGAAAUCCUCAGAUGUCUCAGUAUGGGCCUCAGCAGACAGGACCAUCUAUGUCGCCUCAUCCUUCUCCUGGGGGCCAGAUGCAUCCUGGAAUGAGUAGCUUUCAGCAGAGUAACUCAAGUGGGACCUACGGUCCACAGAUGAGCCAGUAUGGACCACAAGGUAACUACUCCAGACCCCCAACAUAUAGUGGGGUGCCCAGUGCAAGCUACAGCGGCCCAGGGCCUGGGAUGGGUAUCAAUGCCAACAACCAGAUGCAUGGACAAGGGCCAAGCCAGCCAUGUGGUGCUAUGCCCCUGGGACGAAUGCCGUCAGCUGGGAUGCAGAACAGACCAUUUCCUGGAAACAUGAGCAGCGUGACCCCCAGUUCUCCUGGCAUAUCUCAGCAGGGUGGGCCAGGCAUGGGGCCACCGAUGCCCACUGUGAACCGUAAGGCACAGGAGGCUGCUGCAGCCGUGAUGCAGGCUGCUGCAAACUCAGCACAAAGCAGGCAAGGUAAUUUUCCUGGCAUGAACCAGAGUGGACUCAUGGCUUCCAGCUCUCCCUACAGCCAGCCCAUGAACAACAGUUCUGGCUUGAUGAACACACAGGGGCCACCUUACAGCAUGACACCAGCUAUGGUGAACAGCGCGACAGCAUCUAUGGGUCUUGCAGAUAUGAUGUCUCCUGGUGAACCCAAACUGCCCAUGCCUCUCAAAGCAGAUGGCAAAGAAGAAGGCACUCCACAGUCUGAGAGCAAGUCGAAGGAUAGCUACAGCUCUCAGGGUAUUUCUCAGCCCCCAACCCCAGGCAACCUGCCAGUCCCUUCCCCAAUGUCCCCCAGCUCUGCUAGCAUCUCCUCCUUUCAUGGAGAUGAGAGCGAUAGCAUUAGCAGCCCAGGCUGGCCAAAGACUCCAUCAAGCCCUAAGUCCAGCUCAUCCACCACCACAGGGGAGAAGAUCACAAAGGUGUAUGAGCUGGGGAAUGAGCCAGAGAGGAAGCUGUGGGUCGACCGCUACCUGACUUUCAUGGAAGAGAGGGGCUCCCCUGUGUCCAGUCUGCCCGCAGUGGGCAAAAAGCCCCUGGACCUGUUCCGACUGUAUGUUUGCGUCAAAGAGAUUGGAGGUUUGGCACAGGUUAAUAAAAACAAGAAGUGGCGUGAGCUGGCAACCAACCUAAAUGUUGGCACUUCAAGCAGCGCAGCAAGCUCCCUGAAAAAGCAGUAUAUUCAGUACCUUUUUGCCUUUGAGUGCAAGAUUGAGAGAGGGGAGGAGCCCCCACCAGAAGUCUUCAGCACAGGGGACACAAAGAAGCAGCCCAAGCUUCAGCCGCCAUCUCCUGCUAACUCAGGAUCCUUGCAAGGCCCACAGACGCCACAGUCAACAGGCAGCAACUCUAUGGCAGAGGUUCCUGGUGACCUGAAGCCACCUACGCCAGCUUCCACCCCUCAUGGACAGAUUGCCCCAAUGCAAGGUGGAAGAAGCAGUACAAUCAGUGUGCAUGACCCAUUCUCAGAUGUGAGUGAUUCAUCAUUCCCAAAAAGGAAUUCCAUGACUCCAAAUGCCCCAUACCAACAGGGCAUGAGCAUGCCAGACAUGAUGGGCAGGAUGCCCUAUGAACCCAACAAGGACCCCUUUGGUGGAAUGAGAAAAGUGCCUGGAAGUAAUGAGCCCUUUAUGACCCAAGGACAGAUGCCCAACAGCAGCAUGCAGGACAUGUAUAACCAAAGUCCCUCAGGAGCAAUGUCCAAUCUGGGCAUGGGGCAGCGGCAGCAGUUUCCUUAUGGGGCCAGUUAUGACCGAAGGCAUGAACCUUAUGGGCAGCAGUAUCCAGGCCAAGGUCCUCCUGCAGGACAGCCACCGUAUGGAGCGCACCAGCCUGGCCUGUAUCCACAGCAGCCGAAUUACAAACGCCAUAUGGAUGGCAUGUAUGGGCCUCCAGCCAAGCGUCAUGAGGGAGACAUGUACAACAUGCAGUAUGGCAACCAGCAACAAGAGAUGUAUAACCAGUAUGGAAGCUCUUACUCUGGCCCGGACCGAAGGCCCAUGCAGGGACAGUACCCAUAUCCCUACAAUAGGGAGAGGAUGCAGGGCCCAGGCCAGAUGCAGCCCCAUGGAAUCCCACCUCAGAUGAUGGGGGGCCCAAUGCAGUCAUCUUCCGGUGAAGGGCCUCAGCAAAAUAUGUGGGCAGCACGCAACGAUAUGCCUUAUCCCUACCAGAAUAGGCAGGGCCCCGGUGGCCCCGCACAGGCACCCCCUUAUCCAGGCAUGAGCCGCACAGAUGAUAUGAUGGUACCUGAUCAGAGGAUAAAUCACGAGAGCCAGUGGCCUUCUCAUGUCAGCCAACGCCAGCCUUACAUGUCGUCCUCGGCUUCCAUGCAGCCCAUCACACGCCCACCUCAGUCAUCCUACCAGACACCACCAUCACUGCCAAACCAUAUCUCCAGGGCACCCAGCCCAGCUUCCUUCCAGCGCUCCCUGGAGAACCGCAUGUCUCCAAGCAAGUCUCCCUUUCUGCCCACCAUGAAGAUGCAGAAGGUCAUGCCCACUGUCCCCACAUCCCAGGUCACUGGGCCACCCCCUCAACCACCCCCCAUCAGAAGAGAGAUUACCUUUCCUCCUGGCUCAGUGGAAGCAUCACAGCCAGUCCUGAAACAAAGGCGAAAGAUUACCUCAAAAGAUAUUGUUACUCCUGAGGCAUGGCGUGUGAUGAUGUCGCUUAAAUCAGGUCUGCUGGCUGAGAGUACUUGGGCUUUGGACACUAUCAACAUUCUUCUGUAUGACGACAGCACUGUUGCUACUUUCAAUCUCUCUCAGUUGUCUGGAUUUCUCGAACUUUUAGUAGAGUACUAUAGAAAAUGCCUGAUUGACAUUUUUGGAAUUCUUAUGGAAUAUGAAGUGGGAGACCCCAGCCAAAAAGCACUUGACCACAAUGCAGUGAAGAAAGAAGAUAGCCAGUCCUUGGCAGACGAUUCUGGGAAGGAGGAAGAAGACACUGAGUGUCUUGAUGAGGAGGAAGAGGAGGAGGAGGAGGAGGAAGACAGUGAGAAGACAGAAACUGAUGCCAAGGGCAUUGCUGCUCUCACCACUGUGGAUGCCACUGCCGACCCCAAGGAGAAGCCCAAGCAAGCCAGUAAGUUUGACAAGCUACCAAUAAAGAUUGUCAAAAAGAACAACUUAUUUGUCAUUGACCGGUCAGACAAGCUGGGCCGCGUGCAAGAGUUCAACAGCGGGCUUCUACACUGGCAGCUUGGGGGUGGCGACACCACUGAGCACAUCCAGACUCACUUUGAAAGCAAGAUGGAAAUCCCACCUCGCAGGCGCCCGCCACCCCCUUCAAACUCCACGGGUAGAAAGAGAGAGUCAGAAGGAAAAGGUGAUUCUGAAGAGCAGCCAGAGAAAAGCAUCAUAGCCACCAUUGACGAUGUCCUGUCUGCUCGGCCAGGGGCCUUGCCUGAAGACACAAAUCCCGGGCCCCAGACAGAAAGUAGCAAGUUCCCCUUUGGUAUCCAGCAAGCCAAAAGUCACCGGAACAUCAAGCUGCUGGAGGACGAGCCCAGGAGCCGAGACGAGACGCCCCUGUGCACCAUUGCACACUGGCAGGACUCACUGGCUAAGCGCUGCAUCUGUGUGUCCAACAUCGUGCGGAGCUUAUCUUUUGUGCCUGGUAAUGACGCCGAGAUGUCCAAACAUCCAGGCUUGGUGCUGAUCCUGGGGAAGCUGAUCCUUCUUCACCACGAGCAUCCAGAGCGGAAACGAGCGCCACAGACCUAUGAGAAAGAGGAGGACGAGGACAAGGGGGUGGCCUGCAGCAAAGAUGAGUGGUGGUGGGACUGCCUCGAGGUCUUGCGGGAUAACACACUGGUCACGUUGGCCAACAUCUCUGGGCAGCUAGACUUGUCUGCCUACACAGAAAGCAUCUGCUUGCCAAUUCUGGAUGGCUUGCUGCACUGGAUGGUGUGCCCAUCUGCGGAGGCGCAGGACCCGUUUCCCACCGUGGGACCCAACUCAGUCCUGUCACCUCAGAGACUUGUGCUGGAGACCCUCUGUAAACUCAGUAUCCAGGACAACAAUGUGGACCUGAUCUUGGCCACACCUCCAUUUAGUCGUCAGGAGAAAUUCUAUGCUACAUUAGUUAGGUACGUUGGGGAUCGCAAAAACCCAGUCUGUCGAGAAAUGUCCAUGGCGCUUUUAUCGAACCUUGCCCAGGGAGAUGCAUUGGCAGCCAGGGCGAUAGCUGUGCAGAAGGGAAGCAUUGGAAACUUGAUAAGCUUCCUAGAGGACGGGGUCACAAUGGCGCAAUACCAGCAGAGCCAGCAUAACCUCAUGCACAUGCAGCCCCCGCCUCUGGAACCACCUAGCGUAGACAUGAUGUGCAGGGCAGCCAAGGCUUUGCUGGCCAUGGCCAGAGUGGACGAGAACCGCUCAGAAUUCCUUUUGCACGAGGGCCGGUUGCUGGAUAUCUCAAUAUCAGCUGUCCUGAACUCUCUGGUUGCAUCUGUCAUCUGUGAUGUACUAUUUCAGAUUGGGCAGUUAUGACAUAAGUGAGAAGGCAAGCAUGUGUGAGUGAAGAUUAGAGGGUCACAUAUAACUGGCUGUUUUCUGUUCUUGUUUAUCCAGCGUAGGAAGAAGGAAAAGAGAAUCUUUGCUCCUCUGCCCCAUUCACUAUUUACCAAUUGGGAAUUAAAGAAAUAAUUAAUUUGAACAGUUAUGAAAUUAAUAUUUGCUGUCUGUGUGUAUAAGUACAUCCUUUUGGGGUUUUUCUAUUUCUUUUUUUUUAACCAAAGUUGCUGUCUAGUGCAUUCAAAAGUCACUUUUUAUUUUUCAUGGAUUUUCUUUUUAAUGUUAUUUUCCAUGUUGUAUUACAUUUUGGGGAAGCGAAUUGACUUUAAAGAAAAAAGUUUGGCAAAAGAUGCUAAGAUGGGAAAAUUUCACCACACUGAGGCAAAAAGGUGAAAAGUUACCAAUUUUCUAUGCUUUUUAUUCAUCAGAGAAUGAAAAAACUUAUCCCAUCACCCAAAGCUCUGUGCAAUAGAAACUUCUAGAGCGAUAGAUAGAUAGGGGCUCAAGGAGGUGUGUCAGUGAGUAAUCAGAACUAUGAAUGAUACUGGUUUCUCCACGGGAAAAUGGUCACAUUAGGCUAGGAGCAAAAACAAUUUUUUUCAAGUUAGGAUUGAAAGUACAUCCCUGACAGCGAUCAACAGAACCUGCUUCCUCACCACUACCACCGUGUCUGCUGUCUGUCGUUUGGCCUCCACAUGACAGUUCUUCACAAUUCCUUUAAUCAUUUUUUAAAUAUUUUUUUUUACUGCCUAUGGGCUGUGAUGUAUAUAGAAGUUGUACAUUAAACAUACCCUCAUUUUUUUUCUUCUUUUUUUUUUUUUUUUUAGUACAAAGUUUUUAGUUUCUUUUUCAUGAUGUGGUAACUACGAAGUGAUAGUAGAUUUAAAUAAUUUUUUAUUUUUAUUUUAUAUAUUUUUUCAUUAGGGCCAUAUCUCCCAAAAAAGAAAGAAAAAUACAAAAAACAAAAAACAAAAAAAAAAAAACAAAAAAAAGAGGGUAAUGUACAAGUUUCUGUAUGUAUAAAGUCAUGCUCUAUUUUGGGAGAGCAGCUGAUCCCAAUUUGCUUCAUGAAUCAAGGUGUGGAAAUGGUUGCAUAUGGAUUGAUUUAGAAAAUGGUUACUAGUACAGACAAAAAAGAAAAAAUACAGCUAAAAAGAAGAAACACAACUUCAAAGAUUUUUCAGUGAUGAAAAUCCACAUUUGUAUUUCAAGAUAAUGUAGUUUAAAAAAAAGAAAAAAACUUGAUGUAAAUUCCUCCUUUUCCUCUGGCUUAAUGAAUAUCAUUUAUUCAGUAUAAAAUCUUUAUAUGUUCCACAUGUUAAGAAUAAAUGUACAUUAAAUCUUGUUAAGCACUGUGAUGGGUGUUCUUGAAUACUGUUCUAGUUUCCUUAAAGUGGUUUUCAUAGUAACCAAGUUAUUUACAAGAAAUAAGGGAAAUACAGCAGCAUCCUCACAUUAUAGAACCCUAGGGUCAGAAAUGACCUUUCAGGGUUACCUACUUUGGAGUGGGGAGCAACAGUUUGAUUUUCUCAAAUUAUUUAGCUAAUUAGUCUUUGCAUAAAGCAAUUAUCUCUAAGGACAUUGAGAUAUGUUUAUUUCCAGUAAAAAUGGGAGGUAGCUGCCCACCCUCUUGAGGUGAGAUCUCCAAAGCUUACUGGCCUGAAAAUGUAACAUUCUGCCUUUUACUAAUGCCAUCUGAAUUUUAAUCAAAGAUCAAUCUAUCCAUGUUUCUUCUGUGUGCCUCAGUUAUUUUGCAUUUAGUUUACUCCACCAUGUAUAAUAUUUAUAUUGUGCAAUGUUAAAAAGAGUUGUUAUAUUGUAUGUGGUGUACAUAGUGCAAAGUGAUUAUUUCUAUUUCAGGACAUAUUAUUCUCAUAUUCCUUCCUACCUGGUGCACAGUAGGUUUUUAAUACUCAUCAACUCUAACUAAAACUUUCUCUUCCUGGGUCAUUGACUGUUAUUGUGUAAUAAUCAAUUCCUUUGAAACUGCUGCAUAAUUACGCUGUUAGUGGACUCCCUUCUUAUUCUGACUCUACCUCUCUCACCCCUCUUCCAAUCUCAGUGUACUCAACAAUUCCCAACCCUCUGCCAUACCUACUAUCUUGGUUCACAUUGCUCACAGUAAUACGUGAACGAGCUAGACAGGAACAUGCAGUUAUAAUCAGUAUAAGACGUGACUCUCUAGUGUCACAAGAAAAAAAUAAUUUUUCCUGCAAGCAGUCUCAUUGUCUAUCAGCUCCCAUAUUGCUUAAUCAAACAGUUGUCUUAGAUAAUAACACAGCAAUAUAUAUUUGUAUUAAAUACCAAUUUAUAAUUAUACUUUAAAUCUGCUUGCUAAGAACAGAUUUUCUGCUCCAAGCUUAAAACAUGGAGAUUUGUAAGAGGGAUUCAAUAUUACUCUAAUUUCUCUCUUACAGAAUAUGUAUAAAAGGUAUACACAAACUCUGAAGUUAUAAAUACCCAAUUCUUUUGUCAACCAGAAGAUUAAAGUCUUCAUAAAAGACUCUUGGUGUCAUGCUUUGAGCUGUAGCCAGUGCCCAGAGUUCACCCUCUGCGCAGCAUGGGGACCUACUGACACAGCAGUCUCUAGGCUCCUCCAGGAAGACACUAGCAUCCUUUCUCCACUCACUCCAGCAUCAAGACUUACAGAAGCCCACGAAGAAGUUACACCCUGCUUGAGAUCAUCUUGCCUAUAAACUGAGUUACUGCUUUGUCCUAAAAAUUAGUUGUUUUUCUUUUCUAUGAGGCUUUUCAGAAAUUUACAGGAUGCCCAUACUUUAAAUGUGUACCCCCCCCAAAAAAAGAUAAAAAUAAAGGUGCGAAGAAAGUUUA